AUGGCUUUCAACUUCGGUGCAUCCAACCCCGCUGGGGGAAGCGCCGCUGCGGAGCUUGGUCCAGAGCUUCCCGAUGUUUUUACGGAUGAGGUCGGAUUCAAAGGCGUCUCUGGGGACGCAAAUAUCCGCUUCCUCCCAACGGCAUGGCCCGACGACGCGCUUCCUGCUCCUACUUCCUCACUUCUGGCUGUCGCACACACCAAAGGCCUCAUCGUUGGCGCUGGUCCAGAUACGCUGGUAAUCACCACCGCUGAUGUCGUGAGAAAGUCAAUCGAGGCGCCGGCUGGAGAAGAUAUGGAGAAAACGAAGCCGUUCCAACCCAUCGCCACAAUCCCCCUUCCUUCUCGUCCCACACAUGUGGCAUUCACUCCGGGAGACGAUGGCUUGAUUCUCGCCACGGAGAAUGGCCCCGGAAUCUCAGUUUUCGAUACAAACACCCUCAUGCAAGGGAAUGCGCAGCCAGCGAUUUCAAUCCCCACGAAUGGCGUGUCGCUCCGAGCACUGGCGCCAAACCCCGACCCUUCCUCCACACUUGUCGCCAUGGUCACUGUUAACGGCGAGCUUCUUAUCGCCGAUCUCAAGGCUGGGAGCCUAGUUCCUGGACCCAAUGGCCCGGUUCUCAAGGACGGCGUCAGUUGUGCUUCAUGGAGCAACAAAGGAAAGCAGCUUGUUGCUGGAUUGGCCGAUGGCACUGGAUACCAGAUGACCCCGGAUGGAACGAAGAAGGCCGAAGUUCCUCGGCCAUCUGAUUUGGAGGGAGAUUGCCACAUUUCAUCAAUCUCAUGGCUUGAAAACGAUGUUUUCUUCGUGACAUACACACCAAACAUUGCAGAGGAUGAUAUGGGAAUGAACCCCCCUUCUUCAUACUACAUCAUAACCCGCCGUAAGCAGGCACCGUUCCUCAUCCAAAAAUUGCCAGAAGUCUGCUCGACUAUGGGAUUCAUGCUGAAACGUGGCCCCGCAUUUCAAUUUAUCACCCGAAUCAGAGAUUACAAGCCUCACUUGAAAGAUGUCUUGAUCGUCGCAUCGACUGCGUCGACUGAUCUCGGCCUCAUCACGCGAUCUGACCAACCUCUGGCGAACGAUGAGCGAACCAAGCUUCAUGUUGGUCAGUUCAUGACCACAGAAGUAAGCGACGAUACCAAACGUGCUAGUGUUCCGUUAAAAGACUCUGGAGAUGAGACGUCAGUCAUUGGCCUGGCACCAAACCUGUCAGCCACAGAAAAUGUCAUUGCACCACUUGCGGGUUCUGAUAUCUUGGAGAGUUCGACGCCUCUUCCCGGGGUUCUUCUUUUGAACAAUGAUGGAAUUCUUUCAUCGUGGUGGUUCGUUUACGCUGAUUCCAUUCGUCAAAACAUCCCCUAUUCUGGGUUGAUUUCGUCUGGUCAGACAACCCAAGCUCCCACUCAGCCACAGGCUAUAGCUCCAACGCCGACCCCGGCCCCAGCCCCAGCCCCUUCACAGCAACCUGCGUUUGGCCAGUCCUCGUUUGGAACUCCAGCAUUCGGCCAGUCAGGUUUCGGGAAGCCGGCGGGAGCUCCUGCCUUUGGUACCCCAUCACGCAUGGGUGCUUCGACCAUGGGCGCAACUGCUUUUGGGAAACAAAGUACUCCAGCGUUUGGCAGUCCAUCCCAGCUUGGUGGAAGCUCUGCCACGCCCUUUGGAAAGCCAUCAACCCCGGCUGGUGCUCCCGCCUUUGGGAUCCCGUCCCAGCCGGGCGUAUCCUUCGGCACCCCUAGUACUCCUGGACAGCCAAAAUUCGGGACGUCUGGAUUUGGGGCCACAGGAUCUGGACUUGGACAGCCUAAUGCCCCAGCAAACCCAUUCGGGGCCAGUGGAGCAGCACCUAGCGGUGGCGGAUUCGGUUCUUACGCCAGUGGAGGCGGCCCCAGUGGCUUUGCAACAGCAAAGCCGACCGGGUCACCAUUUGCGGCGAAGCAGUCAGGCGAGUCACCGUUCGCCGCAACACAGUCAAAAGGUUCACCCUUCGCAGCCGCCUCUUCUGGUGAAAGUGCUUUCGCUAAGAGCUCUGCCUCACCCUUUGGAGCCAAACCUCAGACCUCGUUCCCACCCCCAGCUGCAAAUGAAGUCAAGAAUCCCUUUGGCGGCGCUGCGCAAGGUGGCUUUGAGCUCAAGUCUACGUUCAAGAGCCAAGUCUCGCCUGUCAAUGAUGAGCCAAAAGAAGACAAAUCUUCUUCCGGAGCAUUCUCAUUUGGUGGCUCCUUUGGUGAUAUGGUGUCAAAAUCCCGCCAGGGAAGCUCGUCGCCGAGUGAAUCAAUGGACGACACUGAAGAUAUUGAGCCAGUGAACAAGGAGACAUUCUCAAUUUUCGGCGGAGUAAGCAAACCUGCUUCACAGACUCCAACAUCAAUGUUUAGUUCAAAGACAACAACCCCGGCUGGGAACACUAUGUCGAUGUUUGGUCCCAAUGCCGACAAAAACCGCGUGACCAGUCCAUUGUCAGUACUGUCUGAUAAGACAGAGACACCCAAGAAGAAUUGGUCUAACACAUCAAGUAUCGAUGUGGAGGCACCAUUGCCACCGGAUUCUACCAGCCGGGCUAGCUAUGCAGCUGGAGAUACUUCUGCUUCCUCUAACGUGUCGAAUCUCUCUGUCGAGGAUGCCCCGCUUCCUCCCGAUUUCACUAAAGCGAAGAAGCCUUCACCGAAACCUGAAGAUGACGCUCCUCUCCCGCCUGAUUUCCUUUCGCAGAAGAAGCCUGCAUCCAAGACAGACGACGCUCCUCUUCCUCCCGAUUUCAUCACCAAGAAAAAGCCGGCCCUAAAGACGGAUGAUGCCCCUCUGCCUCCCGACUUCCUCACCCAGAAGAAGAUUGCACCCAAGACAGACGAUGCUCCUCUCCCCCCCGAUUUCAUCACUAAGAAAAAGCUGGCUCCGAAGACGGAUGACGCUCCUCUCCCUCCUGAUUUCAUCGCCCAGAAGAAAUCUGCAACCAAGACAGACGACGCUCCCCUUCCCCCAGAUUUCCUUAAAAAGCCCGAGGCUGCGGUUGUCCCCGAGGACGCACCUCUGCCGCCCGACUUUACCGCAAAACCAAAAGCCAAAUCUUCCGAAGAGGCAGUCCCAAUUCCAGAUGAAUCUGAUGAAUCAGGUAUCUCCGACGAAGACUCCGAGGUCGCACACGAGUCAGACUUCAGUGAUAGCGGCGAAGAAAUCACACACGACGAAGCAUUACUCGCCAAAUGCAAGCCAUCAGCUGAGAGUUCGUUCGGUGCAGUUUCUGAGCAAAGCUCCACCGGAGGAUUCUUCAGCAGUCCUGCUCGAAACACAGAUGACAAAGGCCGCCUUCCCCGGCAGCUAUUUGGGGAAAUGCCUAAGCAGCCGCUGCUUCCUCCCCCCGGUCCCAUUGCCCCAGGUAAUCGUGAGCCCUACCGGUCACCAAGCCCGGUUCGGGUCGGAGGGAAAAAGAAUGUGCUAUUCUCCGAGAAACCCCAUGCCCGUAAGGGGUCCACAGGUGCGCUGCACUCACGUAAGGCAUCUCUUACCCAGAUUGCCCAGCGUGAUGGCCUCAUGAGGAAGGCCAGCGAUCUUGCUCGCGAAGAGCAAGAGAAGCAAGCACGCGCACAUGCAGCAGCUCAACUUCGGGAAGAGGAUGCUCUAUCUUUGUCAGACGACGACGAUGAUGAUAGACUCCGCGAUGAGCUGGCUCAGCCCGUUGAGCCCGUUGAUACCCUGGAUCCAUUCCUACCCCACCAAAAUUACAUGGGCGAAACCGCGAAGCCAGGGAUUGCUGGUCAGGUCGAACGACUCUAUCGUGACAUCAACUCUAUGGUAGAUACAUUGGGCAUAAAUGCUAGGUCAUUGGCGGGAUUCCUCAUGUAUCAGCAGCCCAAUAAGCCCUCAGAUAUUGACGAGUGGGUAAUGGUCCUCAACAGCGACCAGCCCGCCGAUAUUCUCGACACGAAGAUGGCCUUGAAGGACAUCGAGCGAUUUGAAGAGAUGAUCAUUUCGAUUGGAGAAUCAUUGGACAAGCAGCGGGUGCAGGGAGUGGAUGAAAAACUCGAUGCAUGCCGUGACCUGCUCACAAAGCAGAUUGUCACCCUGCGAGGCCAGUUCGCAAGUAUCCGCAAGACCCUUGAUGCGCACACUGACAUCGGCGCUAUUCUCGAAGCACCACUUUCCGCCGAGCAAGGUGCGCUCCAGCAUGAUCUGCGCACCACAUUCACAGAUGUCCAGGUCAAGAUGGCCGCGCUUGAACAAGCAGUCUCUCUGCUGCGUGCCAAAAUUGCCGACAUUCCCCAGGCGAAUGGCGCAGGCAGGAACCGACCAACCGUCGAGGCUGUCACUAAGACCAUUGCUACAAUGAUGAGCAUGGCGGAGGGAAAGAGCACAGAUAUCGAUGUUCUCGAGGCACAGAUGCGCAAGCUCGGCGUGGACAUUGCUCCCACUGGGCCCCCAAGUCGCGAGGGUUCUCCCUUCUCUACUCCUCGCAAGAACAUUGCUGGCCGUAUUCCCAUGACUCCGGGAUCGCGAGGCUCAAUCGACGGUAGCGCCUAUCACACCCCCGACUCCGUCUCGCGCGGUCUCAACUUCCGGGCCAGCAUCAAUGGCUCGAUGAGACAGAGCCGUCUCCGCAGCGUGGAGGGUGCUGGUGAGCCUGCCCUCCUGCAAGAAGAUGUCAUCCAAUACAAGGCCAAGAAGUCACGUCGCCAGCACUUGAAUGCCAACCUGAAGAAGGCCUUCGAGGACAAACAGGCCAAGGUGCGCGGUGUCGAUGAAUGGUAG